AUGCAGCCUCGCAUCCGUCCCAAGGUCAUUUUGAGCAAGGAAGCAUGCAGUAUACUUAAUGCCAACCGACAGACCAAGUCCCGUCAGUUUAAGGUUGCACUUGACAACGCUUGGGAUCAGAUUGACGAUGCUACGAAGACCAUCGCUUCAGCACACCAUAAAAGUGUUCGCCGUGUGCAGAAUGACCUGUACAUUGGUCAUGGAAUACUUCGCUCUAGGCACUCCAAGCUGAAUGUGUGGAAUGUGUUCUGUUGGAAAAAAAAACCAGGACAACAUGCACUCAAGCAGCUUGUUCGUGAGCAUAAGGCCGAGUACUAUACCCUCUCGAAGGAAGAACAACAAGACCUGGUCAAGGAGUAUGCCGAACAGAAGUUGACGAAGAUGACUGGUUUCCACACCUCCACCAAGUCGAAGAUCAAUGACAUCACUCAAACUCUAAAGGCUGUUGAAAAUGAACUCAAUAGCUUGAACUGUCGCACAGGUGCAGAAACUAUUCUAUAUGUGAUGUGUGGGUCAACCGAUCCCCCCCUCCGAGGUGUAACCUUUGCAAUGGAAGGUGUACAACACUUCAUGCAGUCUGUGAUGAGUAUCGACAAUCAAGAUUUGAUCAGUAAAAUGGAAGGCUUUGCUGUCCAGGGCAUGAGAGGGGCUGCAAAAAAUCACAAACAACGUGUCUCUGAUGUACACUCGUCCAUCUGUGACAUUAUCAACUGCACUCUUCGGGAGGUCACUGGCGACUCCGAUGCCAAGAUGCAAUGGGCUUACUAUUUUUGGAAUGUCGUUCAACAUCACCAAGUCGUGAUAGAAGGGUGGCCCGAAAAUGUUCCCUUUGCGAACCUCAGCAAGGUAUCUAGCGCCCUCCCUGAGCUUGAGAUGCUCCUUCGGAAGUGGGAGUUGGGUACCACACAUUGGAAGACUUUGACCGACAAAGAUUUUGAGAAAAUCCAUCUGGAGCACAAUGAGAAGCUCGAGAGUGGUGAGAUCGAAGAUACUCACCGACGGAUUUGA